GAAGGUGAAAGGUGGAGGGUAUAUAAAGGGCUUCAGGCACACACCUCCCCUCAGUGUACUUCAGACUCAGGAUACGUCGAGACCUGUGCUGACUAAAACACCAUCAUGUGUGACGACGAAGCAACAGCUCUGGUUGUGGACAAUGGCUCCGGCAUGGUCAAGGCUGGCUUCGCCGGCGACGACGCUCCCCGCGCCGUAUUCCCCUCCAUCGUCGGCCGUCCUCGUCACCAGGGUGUGAUGGUCGGUAUGGGUCAGAAGGACGCCUACGUCGGUGACGAGGCCCAGAGCAAGAGAGGUAUCCUGACUCUCAAGUACCCCAUCGAGCACGGCAUCAUCACCAACUGGGACGACAUGGAGAAGAUCUGGCAUCACUCCUUCUACAACGAACUGCGUGUUGCCCCUGAGGAGUCCCCCGUCCUCCUCACUGAGGCUCCCCUCAACCCCAAGGCUAACCGCGAGAAGAUGACCCAGAUCAUGUUUGAGACCUUCAACACCCCUGCCAUGUACGUGGCCAUCCAGGCCGUGCUGUCCCUGUACGCCUCUGGUCGUACCACUGGUAUCGUGCUCGAUACCGGUGACGGUGUCACCCACACUGUCCCCAUCUACGAAGGUUAUUGUCUCCCCCACGCUAUCCUUCGUCUUGACCUGGCUGGCCGUGACUUGACUGCCUACCUGAUGAAGAUCAUGACUGAGCGUGGUUACUCCUUCACCACCACGGCUGAGCGAGAAAUCGUUCGUGACAUCAAGGAGAAACUUUGCUAUGUUGCCCUCGACUUUGAGAACGAGAUGAAUUUGGCUGCAGCUUCAUCCUCACUCGAGAAGUCCUACGAACUUCCCGACGGUCAGGUCAUCACCAUCGGCAACGAACGUUUCCGUUGCCCCGAGUCUCUGUUCCAGCCUUCCUUCUUGGGUAUGGAAUCUGUUGGUAUCCACGAGACCGUCUACAACUCCAUCAUGAGGUGCGACAUUGAUAUCAGGAAGGACCUGUUCGCCAACAACGUUCUUUCUGGUGGUACCACCAUGUACCCUGGUAUUGCUGACCGCAUGCAAAAGGAAAUCACUGCUCUGGCUCCCUCCACCAUCAAGAUCAAGAUCAUUGCUCCUCCCGAGCGUAAGUACUCCGUCUGGAUCGGUGGCUCCAUCCUGGCCUCUCUGUCCACUUUCCAGGCCAUGUGGAUCACCAAGGAGGAGUACGACGAGUCCGGCCCCGGCAUUGUCCACCGCAAGUGCUUCUAAGAAGUGCAUCAUCGUGUUCCCUAAAGCAAUAUAUAUUUUUGUGACAACACCAUUUCAUAUAUCUUUUGCAUUGGUUACAUGGGAUUUGAAUCUAACUUGAGAUGUCAACAUUCUUUAACGAUAAGCGGUAAUGUACUCCUCUCUUCUCAUCCACUGCUAUUCUCUUCAUCUAUUAUUUUCAUUUUUCAGCAUCUACUAUACGACAAAAUAUAUUGAUAUGAUAUAUAAAAUAAUGUUUCAUUCAAGCCUUUUUAACUUAUAUAUUUAACUUCAUGGAGCGAUGGUUUCCAACCCCAAGAAUAUCUAAAUUAUUAUGAUUUUAUGAAAUUCUAAGAUAAUUUGUUAACAAAAUAAGUAUAACAUUUACCUUAAACAUACAAAACCCAACGAAGGUCGAAUCAUUCUCCUAACAACCAACAGAUCGUAAUUUUGCGAUGAUGUACAAUGAUUUACAAAACCAAUAGUGCAAUUUUAAUAUAUCUUUAAUUCUGAAAAUCGAUUUAUCUCUCUGUUCAUCUACUAUCUGGCAAUAUAUAUCUCUCUCAACCUAUACACGUAUCUAUUUAUAUAGUUCCCGCCUGGAUUAGAAUCUACAGUAAGCUUCACGUCAGAAUUCUUCAUGACAGUCACCCCGCGUCUGCUGAAACCUCCCAGUACAUUACCUCAGCUAAGUCACGAUCAUACCACUGUGUUUUCAAUCAAUAAUCGUAACAUCUAAUGGCUCACAUAAUCAUGGCAUAUAAAACACCACCAUAGAAGUGAUAUUUCAGAGGUGAUUCUCUGAGGUUCCAAGAAUUCUAGAUCUUAAGCAAAAAAUUCCAUCUUAAGCUUUAGUGACGUUUGCUAUAUGUUACCGACGAGCACUAUCUGACGGUGAAAUAGCCAGACGUAACAUUAAAGUAAGAAGACCCUUUCCUUCACUUGAUGCUCACGAAGGACUUGACUCACUGUUCGUCAGAUCAUCUACGUGUUUCCCUCGUUGUAUAUUUUUGCCAUUAUUUUUUUUUUUUCGUUCUAUAUGAAGGAACCUCAAAAAUCAUACACAAACAACGUUAUUAUAUCUAUUAUGGUGAGUAAAUGAGAGUACUUCAUACAUCUUUAUAUCCACGAGAACAUAAACAACUGAAAUUUUAAUAGGAAAUAGUCUGUAAUUUCUAAUUUUGUAGUUUUUAAAAUAUUAACGAAAAUAUCGAUUUUUUAUUUCUGUAACGAUGAAAUUAUCUUUAUACAUUAACUUUAACACAAAUACAAAUAGAUUCAUCCAAUGUCUCAUCCAUUAUGGGGUAAAUAUUGACUAUACGAAGUUGCUUAUAAGGAUGUGUAAUGAUUUGUACAUCAAUUCCUAGUUCUUGUAGCGUUUAACAUUACGACCGUUAAUGCCACAACAUCAACAAACAUAAUUUCGGACUUGUGGUUACUCUCACCCUUGGUACAACACUAAGGCAAAGGGUAAACACUAUACGUGAACUGACUCCAUCGGCAGUAAUAUAUCUUCAAUGUUGAGAGAGAGUCUAUGAAGUUGACUGGCAGCCAAUCAUAACUUGCUUUGAUUAAGAUAACCAAUCGGUGUAAAGUUUUGUUGUGAGUGAAAUCAAUAAUGGCCUUUACUCACUAUGUACACAAGAUGGUGAGGGAUGAUUAGAUUCAUUGAUUCUAGAUAAUGUUUGUGUAGUUAUGAUCGUUCUGAAAUCCCUGUACCUGUACCUCGACCUGGUUCUGUACCUAUACCUGUAAUCUGUUCUGUAUUGUACCUGUAUAUGUACCUGGUCUUGCAUACUUACCUGUAACUAAAAUUUAUAUAGGCUCCAACACUCGGAAUGUCUCUUUAUACCUGUUACCUGUAUUAAUACCCGUAAUUUCACCUGUAGAAGUAAGUAACUGCUAAAUAUACCUGUACCUAACACCUGUUCUGGCUGUCUCUGAUUCAACACGCGUAAAAUUAAUAAAUUACUCAUAUCUAA